AUGAAUCAUCAUCCAUGUAUCAAGUUAAAUACAAUUCGUGAAUCUGUUAUCAUGCAAUCAUCAACCAUCUAUUGCUUAUUUUUAUGCACAAUGAUCAUCUUUGCUGCACACCAAACCAAUGCAAUGGCAAUUGGCGACAAAUCAGUCGCGGAACCUGCCGUCGAAAUCACCUUCGAACAAUCUACCGCAGAAUCAAAACCAUUACUCGAAAAACACCAUGAAAAACGUCAAAACAUUCAAUGUGGUAAUGGUGUCGUUACAAUUUCACAAGGUGAAAUCAUGUGUGGAUGA